GUCAGUUCUCUACAUUCGUUGUCUCGACGUGCUCUACACCGAAGAAGACAGAACAAAAUGAAAUUUUCUGUAGCGUUUCUGGCGGUGGUCUUAGGACUGGUGGCCUCACAACAGUAUUCUUAUGUGGAGAUUGCCCGGGGGGUGUGUCGGUCUGUCAGCUACUCUACCGAGUCCUACUUCAGCAUCCCCAACACCACACCCAGCAUGAUCCUAGUCGUGCAGGUCACUAGACUCUACUCCACCUACAGCUGUGUGGAGAACCAGUCAUACGGCAUCACCCCAGAUAACCUCUACCUGUGGGUCAAGGGACUGUGCUACGCUGAGUUCGUCAUUUACUCUGCUGUGCUGAACACAACAGCCACUUCAACGCCAGCCCCAACUACAACAACCAAGGCUACAACCACAACACCAGCCCCAACAACAACAACUAAAGCUACAACCACAACAGCAGCACCAACCACAACAAUCAAGGCUACAACCACAACACCAGCCCCAACAACAACAACCAAGGCUACAACCACAACACCAGCCCCAACAACAACAACUAAGGCUACAACCACAACACCAGCCCCAACAACAACAACCAAGCCUACAACCACAACACCAGCCCCAACUACAACAACCAAGGCUACAACCACAACACCAGCCCCAACCACAACAACUAAGGCUACAACCACAACACCAGCCCCAACAACAACAACUAAAGCUACAACCACAACACCAGCCCCAACUACAACAACCAAGGCUACAACCACAACACCAGCCCCAACCACAACCGUUGCUCAGUCAACAACAACUGCAUCUGUAGUAAAAUCCCAGUGUGGUAUCGCCAACAGCUACAGGAUCGUGGGUGGGACCACGACAACAGCCUGCGAGUAUCCCUGGAUGGUGAUGAUCUACAACAGCUACUACUCCACGGUCUGUGGCGGCUCCAUCAUCGACCAGACACACAUCCUGUCUGCUGCUCACUGCUUCGUACACCAGGACCCCACGACCGGUGUGACGUCCAUCUCUUCAGCCACCGAGCUGACCGUAUUCACGGGGUCCAACGUCAUGCCGUUUGAGACCAGCGUCCCGGGGGUCGUCAGGAGACCGGUCGCCACAGUCGCCACACACGAGAGCUACAACCCCAAAAACUUUGCUAACGAUAUUGCUAUCCUGACCUUGACCACACCCAUCACCUUUGACACGUGCCACAGACCCAUCUGUCUGGUCGACGGUUCCAAAACUCCACAAAUGGCAUCAGGCUGUAGAGCUAUGGGCUGGGGACUUAACUCCAGUAGCACCACAGGUACCAUCCAGAGCACCAUGAUGUGGGUGGAUGUACCUGUCGUGUCUGACGCCACCUGUCAGUCCACGUACGGUACCUACUACACCGGAAGUAACUUCUGUGCUGGGUCUGCUGGGAAAGACUCCUGUCAGGGCGACUCUGGCGGUCCACUGGCCUGUAAAGAAGCAGACGGCCGCUUCUAUGAGUACGGCAUCGUGUCUGCAGGUACGGGAGACUGCGGCUCGUCUGUCGGCCUCUACACCAAGGUGUCCAGCUUUCUCACCUGGAUCACACAGAAAACAUCGACAACAGUGGCGACUGGCUAGACAAGCGUGUUGACUGGACACGUGUUGACUGGACACGUGUAGACUGGAAACCAGUGAAUAGAAAGCGUCUCAAACAGUUUAAUCAAUAAAAUGU